AACGUCGUAGAGAAGAAAAAGUCAUAAAAACCUGUUUUACAUUGUUUUAGGAAUAUAUGACCGUAUCACCGGCUUCGUCGAAUUGGGAUCCUAGUAUUGGGCGUGGCUGUAUGGACCUAGACAAUAGGAGUAACCAUGUGGAAAAGACCUGUGAAAUUGUGCGGUAAUUAUGUCACCAGCUUGAAUUAUCAUUACAAUGGUGAAUUUAUUUCCAUGUGAGCCACAUAUUGUGUUGGUGCUAAUUCAGUUGAUAUAUUCUGACAUGAUCAGGAAGUGAGCACACAGUUUACAGUGAAACUGAGCAGUCUAGACAGUGGCGUCGUAACAAUACACUCGUGUGACAUAGUUUCUAUGUUUAUAAACGAAAAGCUCAAAGCAACGAAUUCAUGUGUUUGACAAUGCAAUGUAAACUCUAGAAUAAAUGGAACAUAUAAUGUAGACAAUGAACUAUUGUCGUUUUGUUUUUGUAAGAAGAUGGACGAUUCAUUAUAGUGAAUUACAUAGCGACGUAUAGUUCUAGGCCCACCUGAGAGCUCAUAGCGUCUAUGAACAUAUUAAAAAACAUUAUUUUAUUGUGCUUCGACUUCUUCCUACUGAUAAGCGUAUCUUAAGGAAAGGAGUGAGACAUUACACGAUUCUAAAGAUAGCACAUCUAAAUAUCAACAUCAGUCAUCUACUUUCACGUACUAACACUGGGUGUCAUCUUUUUUGACAAAUUCACAGCAAUUUUGCUGUGUAAAAUGAAUAUGGCUAGAUAAGACUACGGGUCUAUUUGCCCAAAACGUACGUUAGAAGACACACCCAACAGUAUGACUGAGGUAGCUCUGUGAUUCGCCAAGAGAAAUAGUGAUGUGUAUAUAGUAAGGAACAUUUGUGUGUAGAUUUUAAUUACCAUCAUCAUGUUUUUGUUCAACAUUUUCUGGAUUUCAUCAUUGAUUCUGACCAUUGAUACAGAAACAAGGAUAGAUAUAAAGUUGGAAUGUCAAGUAGGUUGGACUCUAAUCGGUCAAAAGUGCUAUAAACUUUAUUCUGAUCCUGUCUCCUGGACAACAGCUGAUCGUGUCUGCAAAAGCUACGGAGCUUCUUUGGCUGCUCCCAUUGACUAUUGGGAAAAUGAAGAUGUUGGCAACUUUGGUACGAAAACAAACAUUGCCCAGUUUUGGAUUGGUGCCAACCGCAUUGGAUUCCUUCCAAAUAAUAUCAGAAACAUGUCUUUCAAUGGGAUGGCUGAUGCCCAAAUGUGGGUGGGGCACUGGUAUAUAGAUCAACCUGUAUUUCAGGAUGGAGACUGUGUGAGUUUAUUACAAGAUCAAAGAGGGCUACACAAGUGGAAGUUUAGUCCUUGUGAAAGUAAAUUUCCCUACAUUUGUCAAAGACCAGUCUGUUCUGUUGGAAGUUUUCAUUGCAACAAUGGUCAAUGUCUCAAUCCAAGCCUAAAGUGUGACCUGUUUGAUGACUGUGGAGAUAGUUCUGAUGAAAUUGAUUGCCCAAAUCUAUGUCAUUAUGUCUAUAAAGUGUCAGGACCUUCAACCUAUUCCUACCCAAUGCAGGGUAUGACUAAUCUAAUCAACCUUGAAUGCUCAUGGAGACUUGAAGGAGAACUAGGCUAUAAUUUAGAGUUGAAGAUUGAUUCUAUGGAACUAGAAGAUGGUAAAGACGAAGUGAUACUUCUAGAAGGAGGUCUUACUGAGAGUAACUCUGUAGAGCUAGAGCGUCUAAGUGGGCGUCUUUCUUCACCUCAAUUAUUUUACAGUUCUAAUAAUGUGAUGAUAGUCAAAUUAAGAUCAUACAAUGCUGGCAGCAUUACAAAAUUUCAAUUUACUGUUAACCAAGUAAAAUAUCCUAACCUUCAGGCUGUCAAUAUAUUGAAUGCUACAAAUAAUUGGCAAGUGUUUGAGUUUCCAUUUUAUAAUCAUUACCAAUUGGGUAACCAAGAUUAUAUUUAUGUUAUACAAGCAGAAAAUCCACAUCAAAUUGUCACUUUAGAGAUUCUAGAUUUGGACUUGCCUCCUGGGUCUACAGCCAUAUUUAGAGAUGGAGAUGAUGUUGCUAGCCCUUUACUUGCAAAAUUGGAAGGAACAUACAAAGGCAAUGGUAUUAUAGUAUCAACAACACGAAACUUGUACACAUCUCUACAGACAAUUCAAGGGAGCAGAAACAGGGGUCUUAAGAUUCAAUAUAGACAAGGUUGUGACAUAGUCAUUUCACAGUCCACUGGAUAUAUAAGUUUUGAAUACACCAAUGGACUAACCUGUAAGUUUCAAGUUACAGCUGGUGUCCCUGUGACUAUCAGAUUUGAAAAAAUGAGUUUGGUUUCCUCUGAUGUCUUGAAAAUUCUGGAUGACCAACAAAGAGUUUUACAAAACUAUUCAGUAUCCAAUGCUCCAGGGCUGACAAGAAUCAAUAAUGGAACAUUUACUGUAACAUAUUUGUCUUCAUCAACACUGAGAUCAGCUGGGUUCAAUUUGACUUAUUCAUUAGAUUGCCCUAAGCUGAACCUUAGCAGUGAAACAUUGAUCCAAGGAGCUCUGGGUAACUACUAUGGGGCUAGUUUUAAUGUUACUUGUCAGACUGGCAGUCAAUUUUAUCAAGUGGAACAUAGAAAUAAAACUUCAGUCAAACUGACUUGUGGAGCAUAUGGAGCAUGGAAUGUGCAGACAACUCCAAGCUGUCAAAGAGUGUAUUGUCCAGUGGCACCCAAUCUCAGCAAUGGCUAUGUUUUCAACUCUACUGGUAUUUUGGCAUUUGGAGAUACAGUCACCUAUAGAUGUUAUUCUGGGUUUACAAUUCAAGGACCUGAUUCAGUGACAUGUGGCUCUGAUGGAAAGUGGUCUCCAAUACCAACAUGUCAAGCAACACAGUGUCCUCCACCUCCAGCUCCACCAGCUAAUGGUAAUCAGACCAUAAUAGGCUCUGGAACAUCUUUUGGCUCUGUGAUACGCUAUUCCUGCAACGAAGGUUAUGAUCUUAUUGGUCAGACAACUCUGUUUUGUGACUCAAGUUUUAAUUGGAAAGGAAUAGUUCCAACUUGUCAACGCUUGACAUGUCUGUUCAGCAAUUUAACAAAUGAACAAAUGGUCACAUCAAAUAUAGCAUUCAUUGGGGAUAAAAUAACUUUGACCUGUAAACAAGGCUAUGAAAUAUUUCCAUCCGGAGACGGAUCAAUGACCUGUGGUGUAGACAGACAGUUUUCUCCUGUUUAUUCCUGUCAAGACAUCAAUGAAUGCAAGAAUAAUCCAUGUGCACAGAUCUGUACCAACACUCCUGGAAGCUACACUUGUGAUUGUCUUCCUGGUUAUCAACUUCAAGGCUCUCAGUGUACAGAUAUUGAUGAGUGCAAACAGUCUCCAUGCCAACAAAACUGUAUCAAUGCAAAUGGCUCCUAUAGAUGUACCUGUCAAGCAGGCUAUUCUCUGUUCACUAGUGAUGGUACUGAGGGAUAUAGGAUACCAUCUUCUGAGACUGGACUUUUGCCUGGUGAUGUCUACAGACUAAACCAUUCAUGUGUUGCUGUUGUAUGCCCUCUGCCUCCCAUCAUUCUCAACUCUAAUCAGUUGACCAGAAAGACAAGUUAUCGCUUCAAUGACACUGUGCGCUACAGAUGUAACCUUGGUUAUAAGCUUCAGGAUCCUCGUUCUGACUUCUUAACUUGUAGUGAAAACAAAACAUGGCUUGGACCAAACAUCAUGUGUUCCAAAGCCACAUGUGCCAUUGAUCCUGUGCCAAAUAAUCUGGUCAAUCCAGGUAAUAUCUCACAGAGCUUAGGCAACAUUUCUUUCGGAGAUGAAAUUAUUAUCCGCUGCACUGUUCCAGGUUCCAAGUCCCCUGCUUUUACUAGAAAAAGAAGAUGCUCUCUUAUAAAUGGGGAAUAUAAACUUGAUGGUAGCCCUAGUGACUAUGAAUGUGGAUUAAUAUCUUGCGGGAAACCCAAAGAUGAGCCUGGCAGCCAAUACUCAAGUUUAACUUCCUAUUAUUAUGGGGAUAGUUUUAUCUUUAGUUGCAAUGGAAACUUCACAUUAAGUGGCAUGAGCACAUUAACUAGGAAUGCUACAGUCCAAUGCACUGCUCAAGGCACUUGGGAUUUUGGAAACUUGUCUUGUACAGGUGUACAGUGUAGUGACCCUGGUCAGCCAUAUUUAGGGUAUCAAAACAUUAGUGACUACAGAGAAGGUCAAAAUGUCUUCUUUGCUUGUAAAAAUCCUGGCUAUGAACUGCAGCCUCCAUGGCCUCUGUCUUGCAUGUUUGAUUCUUCUGGAGUCCCUAAAUAUAAUGCAACUUUACCACGCUGUGUUGAUGUAAUAAAGCCAACUAUAAGUAACUGUCCCACCAGCAGGCUGGUAGCCAAUACUGGUCAGUCACUUUCAAGUAUUGUACCUAGGCUGAUUUACCAAGAUAAUGGUGGCAUCAAGAGAAUUACUGUUAGCCCUGCAUACCCCUCCAGUAACUACUACAUCCAGAGAAGUAGUGACACAAAGAGUUUUACAUAUACAGUUUGGGAUCAUGACAGCAACACAGAAUCCUGUAACAUAACAGUGGUUGGACGAGAUUACGUUCCACCAAACAUAUUUUGUCCUUCCUAUGAAUAUAAUUUUACCAACUCUUCCAACCUGAUCACAACCAACUUCAAUGCUAGCAAUGUCAUGGUGUCAGACAACAUCACUCCAGCUAGCCAACUAGUGGUUACAUUUUCUAGCCCUUCCUACACUUUUGACCCAAACAGAAUGCUGUCCCCUUCAUUCCCACCAACCCAUUACCAAACUUUACAAGCCUUCGUCACAGAUGAAGCUGGUAACUCAGCCUCUUGUAUUUUUGGACUUUUCUACAAGCCCGACAUUUGUAGUCCUUUUUCACUAAGAAAGAAUCUGACUGGUACUACUGGUACACCUAACUGUACAACUAAUGGUCCAGGGUACACUUGCACCAUCACUUGUAAAAAUGGCUAUGGUCUGUAUAGUGAUAUCACUAAAACAUCCCAAACUAUUAGCUGUUCUGGUCCUGGUCAACCAUUCACACCAGAUGCUGAUGUCAAAUGUAUUGACAAAGCUUCAGACUCCAGCAGAGCAAGUUAUCACAUGGUGUAUAAUUUUGUUUACAAUGGGACUAAUGUUAGCAACAGUUGCAGAUCUAGUUAUCAAAGUGUCAUCCAAAAUGUACUGAACAAUUUAAAUUUGUAUAAAAAUAUCACAAAGCCUUGUGAAGUAAAUAGCAAUCAGCCAACUCAGACAGCCAAAAUAGAGUUAGGACAGAUGAAUAUUGAUGAGAAACAGCAACUGAUACAGGUCCAGUAUUUGAUCAAUUUUGACAGACAGGGAUGGCCAAGUUAUGCCUUCUGUGCAGCAGUUAUAGAACCUUUCUUUAACAAUUUGUGUCAUUGGUAUCCUCUUUUAUGUGACUUUACACCUCUGCAGUGUGAACAUUUUACUUUUGUUAAUCAAACUAAAAACUUCAGUUUCUUCUGUCCUGAUCCAUCAAACAAGCUAAUUGUUGAUUCUGUAGCAACUGAAGGAUAUUGCUUGGGCUGUUUGGAAGGAACUUAUAGAGUGAAUGAUAAAUGUUUCCCAUGUCCACGGGGUACAUUCUCUAAUGGAUCUAAUGCUUCCCAGUGUACUAAAUGUCCACCCAAUACUUCAACAUACACAGAAGGAGCCAUUACGGAUAAAGAGUGUGUUGCUGAGUGCGUUUCUGGUUCCUUUUCCUCUUCUGGUCUACCCCCGUGUCAACUGUGUCCCAAGAAUACAUAUUGGGCAAAUGCAACAACAUGUUUGGCAUGUCCUGAUAAGUAUUUGACCUUAUCUAAUGGAACACAUAGAAGAGAGCAAUGUCGAGCUAUUUGUCCAGUAGGCUAUUUUAAUGAAAUUGAUGGACAUGUUGAUUGUAAGCCAUGUCCCAAACAUACAUACUCUGACAAAGAAGGUAUGACCAGCUGCAUCUCAUGUGACUCAGACACUGUCACCCUUAGUGAUGCCAGCACCAGCGUGACACAGUGUUUGACCUUGACAUCAACCAAUUGUUUCAACAGCUGUCGGAAUGGAAUGUGUCGCUCUUUAUUUCCCCAUGUCUAUUCAUGUGUCUGCAAUGACGGUUUUACUGGUGAAAAUUGCACUGAAGCAUUUGAUCCAUGUCAAUCAACACCUUGUCAAAAUAAUGGUACAUGUACCAGCAGCAAUGCUAACUUCACAUGUUCCUGUCUUCCAGGAACCACUGGACCAACAUGUGAGACAAUCCUGCCAACCUGCACUCCAAAUUCUUGUUCAAAUAGUGGAUCUUGUGAAAACCUCAUCAGUAUGUCAAAGUGUCACUGCUUUCAGGGUUAUAAAGGUCAAAGAUGUGAAAUAACAGAAGAUCUUUGCAGAUCUCAGCCUUGUGCCAAUGGUGGUGUUUGUAUCUCAUUAGGCCUAAGAUAUGUCUGCAACUGUACUGAUGGUUGGACUGGUGUCAACUGUAAUCUGAAUAUUGAUGACUGCUUUGCUCGACCCUGUCGAAAUAAUGGAACUUGUCUUGAUGGUCAAGGUGUAUCUAAUUGUAACUGUGCUACAGCCCUGGGCUAUGAAGGCACAUAUUGUGAACAACGUAAAACUUACUGCAAUUCUGUCAACUGUGGACCAGGAGCAGUUUGUGUAGAAGAUGAAAUCAAUUCUACAUACAUUUGUGUGUGUGAUGAAACAACACAAUAUAAUUCAUCCUCCAAGUCCUGUGUUCCCAAAGAUUUCUGUGCAUCAAAUCCCUGUCAAAAUAAUGGUAGAUGUUUCCCCACGGCUACUUCCUAUCAAUGUCAGUGCACGGCAGGCUAUGAGGGCUCGCAGUGUCAACACAAUACUGACGACUGUAAGAACUUUCCUUGUAAAAAUGGAGGGUUGUGUUUGGAUGGUCUCAACUCCUUCACCUGUAACUGUAAUAACACAGGAUAUGAAGGCUCUUUCUGUGACAGUAAGAUCAAUUAUUGUUCAAGAAAUCCCUGUCAGAAUGGAGGUCAGUGUGUGAAUCUUAUCCAUGGCUAUCAAUGUCAUUGUCUUGCUGGGUGGACAGGAAACAAUUGUUCAGUCAAUAUUAAUGAUUGUGACUCUCAACCUUGUCUCCAUAAUGGUCAAUGUAAUGAUUCUAUUAAUGGUUACACAUGCCAGUGCCCUAGUGGAUGGACUGGCAAAAACUGUGAAGAGGAGAUGGAUCAGUGUGCACUGCAACCUUGUGGGAAUGGAGCUAGUUGUCUACAAUUGUUUAAUGACUUUUUUUGCAGUUGCAAAUCCAACACAUUUGGUAAGAAUUGUAGCCUUAGUGCUUCUGUUUGUCAAGUAACAAAGCCAUGUAUGAAUAGUGGGACUUGUCUUGAGCACAAUGGAGAUGUGCUUUGUGACUGCCCAAUAAGCUACACUGGAGAUAGGUGUGAAUUACAGAAAAAUUUCUGCUCCAAUGACUUGGGUGUAUGUUUAAAUGGCGCACAGUGUCAGUCAAAGUUAGAUGGCUAUCAAUGUCAGUGUCAUAAAGGAUACACUGGAAAUAAUUGUGAAAUCAACAUUAACUCUUGCAACACUGCCAACUGUGUGUCUGGUUCCAACUGUAUUGACAUGGAGGACAGAGCUUACUGUAGAUGUCCUCUUUCUAGAGAAGGACAGUUGUGUGAUCAAAAUUGGAAUCAGGACUUUGAUCUCUUCUUUGAUCAGCAACAGAAAAAUGCUAUGGCUUAUCUUCCUUAUCCUAUAACUCUAAGUAGUACAUCAUUCAGUUUAGCUUUUUGGGUUCAAUUUGGAAAGAGGGGAGAUACAGGAACACUCAUCUCUAUCUUUAAAGUUCCAAAAUCUAACAGUUUGAAAAACAAAACUCCAUUCUUAUGGAUUGAUGAGACAUCUGUUUACUACAAUGACAAUGAAACCAGUACAGUCACAAUUAAACAUGACAUUAACUAUCAUGAGGAUGGCAAGUGGCAUUAUCUAGUGGUCAAUGUGAAUGGUGCCACAGGGGAAUUACAUUUCAUCGUUGAUGUGGUCAGCAGUUUGCCUGCCAAGAUUUCAAGAGUGUCUUUCAAUCUCAAUUUGUGGUUUGUGCUGGGAAGCAGCUAUGAUCCUGUCAGUGAUUCUGUUGUGGCUGGACAAGGUUUCUAUGGCAAGUUGUCACAUUUGACAGUCUAUUCACGAGAGCUACUACAUCGAGAAGAGGUAACAAUUGAAGGAAAUAACAAUGUCUCUGCCUUAUUUUCUAACUCCAUUUUGAGGUGGAGCUCAGAGUUCAGGUAUUCUGUUGGAGUCAGAAGAAUGACUCCAUCACUGGCAGAUAAAAGUUGCCAAUUUGGAUUUACUAACUAUCCUGUGUGUGAUAUAUAUGAAAAAGGCAAAAAUAAAGUAGCUGUUGUCAGUGGUUCCUGUCCAGAUGAUAUUCUGCAAUACAGUGCAAGUCGUUUAACAAAGGUUUCUUGGAAGUCACCAGUAUUCACUGGUCAAGCAACAGUAAACUCAUCAAUAGUUUCAGGGGACAUUUUUGUUUGGGGUAAAUAUCCAGUCAUUAUACAAGCUUCAAACAAUGAUGGAAAUACUGCUCUGUGUAUUUUUAAUAUUUAUGUUCAAAAUGAUCAAUGUGAGACUCCAGACAAGCCUGCUAAUGUGGAAGUGCUCCAGUGUUCUCCUAGUCUUUAUGAAAACUACAAACAGUGUGGGGCUACUUGUAUCAAUAACACAGCCCCAUCAAUACCAAGCCCACUAAUACAUACUUGUGGUCCAGUAGGCAACUGGGAUCCACUUCAUAAGUUUGAUCCUUAUAGAAUAUCACCCUGUGGAGCUAUUAGCCAGCCUAAGAAUCAACUUAUUAUAAGUAUGAUGUACACUGUGCCAACAACUGAAUGUGGACCAGUUCGUAGUACAUUAAUUGCUGAACUUCUCAAAACACAAAGAAUGUUAAAUUCUCAAUGGGACCAAGUCUGUCUCACAAGCAACUGCUCUGACACAAUCAUUUCAGUCAACUGCUUGAACAAUCGCAGGAAGCGUCAGACCUCACAUUCCAUGAACCUUGAAGCUAUUCUUACCUUAAAUGAUAUACUCAAUCAAGUAUCAAGGCGUGAUGAUCCCAGUAUUAAACAACAGACUGAAGAAUUAUACAAAAAUCUGAUACAACAGAUGACUAACAAUGUUUUUAAUUAUUCUAAUCUGGUCUCUGAUGCUUCACCUGUUGGUUUCAAUAUUAAAUUUGAACCUCAGUGUUCACCUCCUACAGUGUUUCACAGUUUCAAUGGGCUGAAUCAAUGUGUUGACUGUGGACCAGGAACAUUUUACAAUGCAUCUGCUAAAGAAUGUCAGUUCUGUCCCAUUGGUACAUAUCAAUCUCAGUCAGGACAGACAAGUUGUACAAAUUGUAGUGGCAGCAGUACAACUCAACAAGUUGGAGCUUAUGACAGCUCUAGCUGCAAAACCAAAUGUCCUCCUGGCCAGUACUUUGUUAAUAUUUACAAUGACUGUAAGAACUGUAGUAUAGGAUACUACCAACCAUUACCGGGACAGUUUAAAUGUUUAGACUGCCCAGCAAAUACAACCACUAAAUAUACUGGUAGUGUGGCUUACACUGAUUGCUCUAAUGAUUGUCCACCUGGGCAAGAAAUAGGAUCAAGCAAUAAUUGUACACCCUGUGCAGUUGGUUUUUAUAGAGGAGUCAAUGAUCCACAUUGCCAGAGAUGCCCAGCUGGAUUGCUUACUUUAAAUAUGUCAAGUACUUCUCUAGCAGAUUGUGUUUAUGCUGACAAUCCACCAGGAACUUAUCGUGAUCCAAAUGAUACUAGUAGAUUUUUACCAUGUGAGAUAGGCUUUUAUCAAGAUCAAUCAGGACAAUUUUCUUGCAUUUCUUGUGGAGAUCCUAAAUCAUUUCGUACAGAGUCUGUUGGUGCCACAUCUAACUCAAGCUGUAAAUUCUAUUGUCCUGCUGGUCAGCAAAAGAACCCUAAUGCUAAUGUCUGUGAACAAUGUCCAAAAGGUUUCUAUAGAGAUGGUAGCAAAUAUUUUGAUCCUUGUGAUUCUUGCCCUAAAUCCUAUACCACAGCCCAGCCUGGAGCAGUCUCUGAGCUGAAUUGUUCAAUUUAUCAAUGCUCAGCUGGACAACAACCCAAUCCUGCCAACAAUGGUUGCAUUUCUUGUCCAAGAGGAACUUACCAACCCUCUCCAGACAGAACAAGUUGCCAGACCUGUCCACCAGGAACAAGUACACGUGGAACUGGAGCAUUGAAUAGCAGUUCUUGUGAAACCUUCUGCAGCUCUGGCUACUACAAGAAUGGUACAAGCUGUUUCCCCUGUGCUAUUGGUUUAUUCAAAGAGAAUAACAUUGAUCUGUUUAGGAAUUGUACACCAUGUAAGAAUUCAUCUUUUGUCACUGCUAACAUGGCCGCCACUUCUAAUGACAAUUGCACUGUCUUAAACUGUGUUGAGGGCUUUAGGACUAACCAAGUGACACAGAUGUGUGAAGCCUGUCCUAAAGGAAGUUAUCAGGACAAGAAGUACCAAGACACUUGUAUCCCAUGUCCACCUGAUCAAUCCACAAAAACAAGUGCAUCGACUAAAUCAAGUGAUUGUGAAAACUUUUGUCCAUCUGGAUUUGUAAAAGACAACAAUGGCACCUGUCAGCCCUGCACUCGUGGUUUCUUUAAAGAUAAUUCCAUUGAUUUAUUCAUGAACUGCACUGCUUGUAAUGAUAGCUUUGUGACUCCAAAUAAUGCCUCUACAUCUGCUAGUGAAUGCACUGUCCCCAACUGUAAAGCAGGUAGCUAUAUAGAUGUUAAUAGCAACAGUUGUAGCAAGUGCCUCAAGGGAGAGUAUCAAGAUGAAAAGUGGCAGACGUCCUGUAAGCAAUGUCCACCAGACAGAGACACAGAGACUGUUGGCUCUGUAACUUUCAGUCAAUGUUUGUUAAACUGCUCUAUAGGCAAAGAAAAUGUGAAUGGCUCAGAUCUGUGCACACCUUGCCAGGUGGGCUACUACAAAGAUAAGCAAGGCUCAACACUGUGUAAACCCUGUGCUAAUCUUGAUGACAAUGAUAUUACAAUCUCUGCUCAGACUGGUGCUACAAGUCAAACUAACUGCUCUAAAUUGGUGUGUCAAGCUGGAUACUAUCCACUGAAUACUUGUACUCCUUGUGACUAUGGCUGGUACCAACCCAGCAAGUGGCAAGAUACAUGUUUAGCAUGUCCUUCAAACAAAACCACCUACAUAAGAGGAUCAUCUAAUGCAAGUGAUUGUGAGGUCCAAUGUGGCAAAGGUCAGGAGAUUGUGAAUGGUGUCUGCCAGAAUUGUCAGAUUGGAUUCUACAAUGAUAAGAGAGAUCCUAGUAGAAGGUCCUGUCUCUCUUGUCCUAUAGGAUAUAUUACUUCUAGGACAGGAGCUGAUGAUGUGUCUUUAUGUUCUAUCACUGACUGCUCCAAGCCUGGGGAAUACAGGAAUCCUAUUGACAACAAAUGCUACCCAUGUCCAGUGGGCACUUAUCAGGACACACCAAGACAAAAUAACUGUAAACCUUGUCCAUCUUUGACCACAACCCAAUCUGAAGGCAGCUCAAGUAUUAAUUCUUGUAUAGAGAAUUGUACAGCUGGAAGUGAAUACAUAACAAACCAGUGUGUUCCUUGUCGUCAAGGUUAUUAUAGACCUCUUUCAUCUUGGAGUUGUCUACGCUGUCCCUCGGAUCGCACUACAGUAAAAACUGGUUCUUUAUCAAUAGUUGAUUGUUCUCAAGUUAUUUGUGCUGUUGGGCAAGCAUUUAAUGGUACAAGAUGUGCCAAUUGUCCGAAGAAUACAUACCAGGAUAGCACUGGCCAGUUUACCUGUAAAGUUUGUCCACCCAACCAAAUAACAGUGACAGAAGGAACAGCAACUAUUACAGAUUGUAAAUAUCCUUGUGAUAUUGGCUUAAAGUGUUCUGUGACAGAGAACUGUAUUGAUGAUACAUCUUUGAUUGAAGGCUUUAGAUGUCAGUGUGCCCCAGGCCAUGAAAAAUAUAAGGGUCUCUGUAUACAUAAAUGUGACAUUCCAAACUACUGUGGUGACAGAGGAACUUGUGUAAGGUCAUCAGCUGAUUGUCAAUGUAGAGAUAGCUACACUGGAUUACUUUGUGAUAUCAGACCAAAUUCUGAAGCUCUGUCCCAGAGAGAAAAUCAAACAAUUUUAAUAGCUGUGAUAACCACUGUUUGUGGAGUGCUUUUCUUAAUCUUGUUAAUAGUUUGUAUCUGUGUGAUGACAAGACGCCGAACUCCAAAACAUAAAACUCCAUUCAGUGAAUUUGAUGAGCGAGCAAGUAUAGCCACUCGCUCCAUGAAAGGUUUUGAAGACUAUCCAACAUUUGCAAUAAAUCCAGCUUUUUCUGCUAAACCACCUUCUCUAUUAGGAGGACCACUAAAUGCUUUGCCUUCACAGUCUUUAAAAAUGUACAAUAACCCAACAUUCACUGGAGAUGAAGAUAAUGAUCCAGCUGUGUACAGAGCAUGACAUCUGAUAAUCCAUUAGACAGCCACCAUGACAUGUUAAUUAGACAGCCGCCAUGACAUGUUAAUUAGACAGCCACCAUGACAUGUUAAUGUAACUAAUUAUUUGUUAUUAAAUAUUUAUUGAGACUUUUUAUAUGAUUGAAUCACAUUGUAAAGAAUUACUAUGUAUAUUGUCAAGAGGUACUGUACAUUUACUUCUGUUAUGAAGUACUGUGUAUUCACACUGAAUCAGGUUGAUUGUUGUACUAGUCUAAAUGUACAGUGUUGAAUGAAAGUGUUGCUUUUGUUAUUGAUCUCAACUCUACUCUACUCUAUCUAGUAUGUCUAGACUCAAAAGUUGAACUACUAUGUGUAACUCAUUCAUCUAGUGUUUCUGUCAUAGAUAGAAAGAAAUAUGGUAAAGGUACUUGUUGAAUGUCAAUAUUUGUACAGUAUUCAAACUUAUGAUCAAUAAAUAUAAUAUUUUUAGAAGCGGCCUUAGAAUCCUUUAAUUUUAGAAUGGUUGAAAGAAUUAUUUUUUUCUAAUAUUGAUACUUCCUAAAGAGAAAAUGAAUAGCAUUGUUUGAAAUAAUUAAUCAUUUAAUUGAAUGAAACUAAUUCAGUGCAUCAGAUUUGUUUCCUUCUGUAUUUUUUUUUUACUUUUUAUUUUUAUUAAAGAACAUUCAGCUGUAUGAACCAAAUAA